AUGCUGCUGCUUUGUGAGAAGGAGUUUAACUGCGUCGCUCGUCUGGAAGAAGAAGGAACAGGCAGAACAGUGGAGGGUGAGGAAGCACCGCCUGCCGAGACCGCCGACUCGACGGGCCGCCAUGGUUUGACAGAGGAGAAAAGGAUGAGAGAGAAGAGGGAGAAGGAGAACAAGAGGGAGAAGAAGAGAGCGAAGGAGAAGAAUAGGGAGAAGAAGAGAGCCAAGGAGAAGAAGAGGGAGAAAGAGAAGAAGAGAGCGAAGGAGAAGAAUAGGGAGAAGAAGAGAGCCAAGGAGAAGAAGAGGGAGAAAGAGAAGAAGAGGGAGAAAGAGAAGAAGAGGGAGAAAGAGAAGAAGAGGGAGAAAGAGAAGACGAGGGGGAAAAAGGAGAAGAUGACGGAGAAGGAGUGGGAGAAAGAGACGCGAAGAAGGUGGUGA